UGUCUGGCAAUACUGGGGACCCAUCUCAUUGUUUUCAGCAACAAAGAAAAACCUGCCUAGUUGCCGUGCAUCUCCGAAGGUUGGCCAGAGUCAAAAUUACCUAUUAAAAAUGGAGCUCUGUGGAGUUGAUGAGGAGCUGCUGGGAGUCGGAAGGUGCCUGGAACACAAUGCCCUACCCUGCUCCUGGCCUUGGCAAGCUGUGAGCUGCUCAUGUCCAUAAGGAGGAAAGGAUGGCUCAUGGAAUUCCUUCACAAGGCAAAGUUACCAUAACGGUGGAUGAAUACAGCUCCAACCCCACGCAGGCGUUUACGCACUACAACAUCAACCAGAGCAGGUUCCAGCCUCCGCACGUGCAUAUGGUCGACCCUAUCCCAUAUGACACUCCAAAACCAGCGGGCCACACGCGAUUUGUCUGCGUCUCAGACACACACUCCAGAACAGAUGGCAUCCAGAUGCCUUAUGGGGACAUCCUUCUCCACACGGGCGAUUUCACCGAACUGGGACUGCCCUCAGAGGUUAAGAAGUUUAAUGACUGGUUAGGAAACCUACCAUAUGAAUAUAAAAUAGUGAUUGCUGGGAAUCAUGAACUGACAUUUGAUAAGGAAUUCAUGGCAGACCUUGUUAAACAAGAUUACUACCGCUUUCCCUCUGUGUCCAAAUUGAAACCAGAGGACUUUGACAAUGUUCAGUCACUCCUGACAAAUAGUAUUUACUUACAAGAUUCAGAGGUAACAGUUAAAGGAUUCCGAAUAUACGGUGCCCCGUGGACACCGUGGUUUAAUGGAUGGGGCUUUAACCUACCCAGAGGUCAGUCUUUGCUAGACAAGUGGAACCUUAUUCCCGAGGGAAUUGAUAUACUAAUGACACAUGGACCUCCCCUUGGUUUUCGAGACUGGGUUCCAAAGGAGCUGCAGAGAGUGGGUUGUGUGGAACUGUUGAACACGGUGCAGAGGCGAGUAAGGCCCAAACUCCAUGUCUUUGGUGGGAUUCAUGAAGGUUAUGGCAUUAUGACAGACGGGUACACAACCUACAUCAAUGCUUCAACGUGUACAGUCAGCUUUCAACCAACCAACCCUCCCAUUAUAUUUGACCUUCCAACCCCUCAAGGAUCAUGAAGCACUACUGCACAUUUGGAACUGGGGAAGGUCUAUAAACUGCCAUUUUCUAAUUAUAAAACUUACAUUCUGUUACAUGUUUAUUUCAAAAUU